AUGGUCGGACUACCAUUUGAUCUAAGAUUGCUUAAAUGUAAUCCCAUACCUCCGUUAAAUUUAGAUAUCACGGCUAAUUCAUUUAAAGUUUCAAAAAUUGAAGUAAUUGAAUCUCCUUUCAUUGCUGUUAAAAAACAAGAUGCCAUUUGGGAUUUCUUCAAACAAGAAUUAAACAUUGCAGGUGUACCAUGA